UCCACGCGGGCAGUGAUUGGUUGCCGAGAGGCGGGGGCGACUCGAUCGCCGGAGCUGUGUGCGCGGCGUUGAGAAGAGACAUGGGUCAGGCGACCAAGGUUUUACAGCUCUUUAAAACAUUACACAGGACCAGACAACGAGUUUUUAAAAAUGAUACCAGAGCAUUAGAAGCAGCCAGAAUAAAGAUAAAUGAAGAAUUCAAAAGUAAUAAAAGUGAAACUUCUCCCAAGAAAAUAGAAGAGCUAAUAAAAAUGGGUUCCGAUGUUGAAUUGUUGCUCAGAACAUCUGUUAUACAAGCUAUUCACACAGACCACAAUACACUGAAAUUGGUCCCUAGGAGAGAGCUCCUUAUAGAAAAUGUGCCAUAUUGUGAUGCACCAACUCAGAAGCAAUGAAUUUUCUAGGAUAAAAUCAAGUCUUUUAGUUUUUAAUCCUAAAUAUAUAACUGUGGCAAUGGAAGUUUUGGAAAUGCAAGUAUUUCAGAACCAGCCUAUUGAAAGUGAAUGAAUUAAAGUACCAUUUCAUAAUUAAA